AUGGCCCCCUCCCAGCUCCCCCCGGUUUUCAACCCUACCCCCCAGGACAUUGAGAUGCUCCUGGCUGCUCAGUGCCACCUCGGUUCCAAGAACAUCCAGGUGCACAUGGAGCCCUACCUCUGGAAGACUCGCGCCGACGGUGUCAAUGUCAUCAACAUUGGCAAGACCUGGGAGAAGAUCGUCCUGGCCGCCCGUAUCAUCGCCGCCAUCGACAACCCCGCCGAUAUCUGUGUGAUCUCUGCCCGUCCCUACGGUCAGCGCUCCGUCCUGAAGUUCGCCGCUCACACCGGUGCCACUGCCAUUGCUGGUCGUUUCACCCCCGGUAACUUCACCAACUACAUCACCCGCUCUUUCAAGGAGCCCCGUCUCAUCAUCGUGACCGACCCCCGCACCGAUGCCCAGGCCAUCAAGGAGGCUUCUUACGUCAACAUCCCCGUCAUUGCCCUCUGCGACACUGACUCCCCCACCGACUUCGUCGAUGUUGCUAUCCCCACCAACAACAAGGGUCGUCACUCCAUCGGUCUCGUCUGGUGGAUGCUCGCCCGUGAGGUUCUCCGUCUCCGUGGCACCCUUGCCACCCGUGAGACCGAGUGGGACGCCGUUGUUGACCUCUACUUCUACCGCGACCCUGAGGCCGAGGAGAACAAGGAGAUUGCCGAUGAGACCAAGGUUCCCGGUGCUGAUGAGAUCGGCGCCGGUGCUGUCGAGUCCGGCUUCGUCGGUGACAACUGGGACGUCAACGCCCCUGGUGCCGGUGCCCCCGGCACUGCCUUCGCUGCCGCCAGCGCUGCUGUCGGUGCCACCAGCUGGGAGGCUGACGGUGCUGACUGGGCUGCCAGCUCCGCCCCCCAGGGUGGUGAAUGGGCUGCUGAGGCCCCGGUCGCUGCCCCCGCCACCGAGGCUAAGUGGUAA